AUGGCAAAGAGAACGGCUGAGGAGGUCAAUGAAAACAAAAUUGCCUCUGUGAAAACGGAUCCAAAUGCUGCCCCUGAAGCAACAAGGGUUGUGGACAACUCGGCUGAAAAUGGUGAAGAUAUCGACAUGGAAGGAGAACUUGUAAGCGAGGAAGAAGAAAUUUUGGAAAUCGAUUCAGAAGGUGAAGACGACGAUGAUCAAGAGCUAGAUGAAAGAGGCGCCAGUGAAAAAGCUCAGCGAGUCAUAGAAAAGGACAGGAAACGUACCGAAGAAGCAGAACAAGAGGGUGGCUUGUAUUUACCUCAUAGAUCCAAACCUCUGGGACCAGAUGAAGUGUUGGAAGCUGAUCCUAGUGUUUAUGAGAUGCUACAUAAUGUAAACAUGCCAUGGCCUUGUCUGACAGUUGAUAUUCUUCCAGAUGACAUGGGAUCGGAAAGAAGAAGAUAUCCUGCCUCGAUGUACCUUGCUACUGGUACUCAAGCCGAAAGAAACAAGGAUAACGAGUUGAUGGUGCUGAAGCUGUCAGGAUUAUCAAAGACACUAGUGAAGGACGAUGCACAGGACGAAGACGAUGACGACGAUGAGGAUAAUGAGGGCAGCACUUCUGACCCCAUCUUGGAAAACGAGAACAUACCACUAAAGAGUACAACGAAUAGACUCAGAGUCUCUCCUCAUGCUGCUAAAACUGGGGAGUAUCUGACAGCAUCAAUGCUAGAAAACGGUGAGGUCCAACUAUUUGAUGUUGCCUCCCAAUAUAGAGCGUUCACCACACCCGGAUUUGUUAUCCCCAAGCAAUCCAGAGCUCCUAUUUACACUAUAAGAAAUCAUGGCAAGGUCGAAGGAUAUGGACUGGAUUGGUCUCCAUUGAUCAGUACCGGUGCCCUUUUAUCCGGUGAUGUUAAUGGUAAUGUUUACUUCACUUCGAGAACUACAUCCAGCUGGACAACAGAAGGCACCCCAUUUGUUGCGUCUGAUGCCUCCAUCGAAGACAUUCAAUGGUCUACUUCAGAAAAAACUGUGUUUGCAACUGCAGGCACCGAUGGAUAUGUUCGAAUCUGGGAUACUCGUUCUAAAAACAACAAGCCUGCUAUCAGUGUGAAGGCCUCCGACACAGAUGUCAAUGUGAUUUCCUGGUGCUCCAAGGUUGACUAUUUGCUGGCUUCUGGUCAUGACGAUGGAAACUGGGGUAUAUGGGAUCUGAGAAGCUUCGGCUCUUCCCCGGCUCCAGCACCUGUUGUUAACUAUGAUUUUCACAAAUCUGCCAUAACUUCUAUUUCUUUCAACCCGCUUGACGAGUCUAUUGUUGCUGUUUCAUCCGAGGACAACACAGUGACAUUGUGGGAUUUGGCAGUGGAAGCCGAUGACGAGGAAAUCAAACAACAGCAACAAGAAACUAAAGAACUGAAUGAUAUUCCACCACAACUACUUUUUGUUCAUUGGCAAAGAGAUGUGAAGGAUGUGAGAUGGCACAGCCAAAUACCAGGUACUUUGGUCAGCACAGGAUCUGAUGGACUGAAUGUUUGGAAGACAAUCUCCGUAUAG